CUUCAACAAACGCUCGGCUACAUAAAAUCAUUUGCAAUUUAAUCAGUAUUUUCGAUACUCCAUGACAAAUAAAUCAAUGAAAAAUGUAGAUUUUUUUAAAUCGAUGAAGUUAAUGACGACUGUUUUAACCACGCCCAUUUAGCUAGGUAGGUGUGCAUGUGCAAACGGGCGCCAUACUGUGCCGUAUGAGCAUGGAGGUAGGAAAGAAAGGAGAUUUAUAAACAAAAAGUGUCCAUUGGACUUGUGGCGAUGGCACAACAGAUCAUUAAAACAGAAACAUGUAUUUUUGAUACUACUUCACAUCGAGAAAGGAAAAACUACUUCUGGAAUAAUAAAGCGGCGCGUGGGUAUGCUACAUUAUUUACUAGACUAGAGACCCUGCCCACCUUUUUGGGGACAUUUCCUCCUUCUGGAUACCGUCGACCAACCACUACACAAAAUGGCGUCCACCUUGUUCGAGGAAGAUGUCGUACAGCGCUGUCAUCGUAGUACGAUGCAACUGGGCCUGGUUGUACGGAAUUACGACGGCUACAGCAGCAUGGAUGAUUCAGAAGAUGACGAGGAAAGGAUCAAGAGGGGUUAUGUCAGGGUGGCCUGGUACCCCAAGGGAAGAGAAAAUGUCUUGCCGGAGAAAAAGGUGAGCCUGUAUGAUCGCUCUUUGAUGCCAGGUGAUGCAGUCAGAUGUAACCAGGAAGGAUCACAACGAGGCAUUGUGCGGUCUGUUCAUGUGUCCUGUCAUCUUCAGGUCAUACGUACCAAGCAAAUGAUCUAUGAUGUAUGCAGCCAGUAUCUGGAGAAUGUAAUGAUGUACACACCUGGCUGCCAUGUUGUCCUGGGAUCCUGGAUCGGAGUAGUCAGGAACAUCCAUGUUAAGUUAGUCGUCCGUUUGAAAAAUGGAGCCAGAUGUAUCCUCUCUGAAGACAGUGCCUGUAGGUUGACUGAUAUCCAUGACACAGAUGAAGAAGCUUCUGUGUUCAGCUGUGACAGCUUCUUUCCUGGCCAGGUCUUACGAGGUCCAGCCAUGACCUUCAAGAACGCUACAUGGCUCAGUGGACAGCAGCCAAUACUCAGCAGCAAAGCCAACUUCACUGUCACUGUGGAAGAGGUGAAUGUUGUUAAGCUGGAUGUCCACUGGCAAACCAGGGGACUGUGUAGAUACCCAGCGGGGGACUGCACUGAUUCCAAUCAACUCCAACCACCUCCAAGAAAAAUAACAGGGGAUAUUCUAUCAAGAAUAAGGCCGCUGUCUUAUUUCAUUGCCGCAAGUAUACAGAUAGGUGACAAAGUCAUGUACAGAGUUCAGCCUGGAGACCUAGCUUAUCCCAAACCAGUGUCUCGCGGCACCUUGGAUUGUUACGUCCAACCAUCCCAGGGGGAAGGUGGUGGUGAAUCAGGUACUGCUAAAGAUGCUGAUUGCAGCUUGGAGGCUCCCAUGCCACAAGGAAACACAAAUGAGGAAUUGAGACAAACAUCUCAACCCACCACGAUGAACAGUGGUGGAAACGCUAAUGUGGAAUUAGGUGCUAGUGCUGAAACUGGAUUUCUAGAGAACAAUGAACAGUGCAUGAGUGGCUUAUUAACUACACAAAGUAGCAAUAAGCUAGCUGAAAAUGAUACCAAGCCAUCAUCAGGUCAGUGUGAGGAAGGAGAUACAUUAGCGUCUGAGGGCAAAGCUGCUGCCUCGGAAGAAACCAAGCAGAUUGAUGUCCCAGAAGGAGGUGCAACCAAACUGUCAUUGGGAGCUUGUGCAACAGUUUCAGAAACAGCGACAGAGAUUGUUUCAUCUGCCCUUCAGGAAAUGUUGGACUUUGGUAAUGAAUUUGUUUCAAAUCAUUCAAAUUUGUCCAAGAGAGCCAAGAAAGGUGACUUUGAGAAGUGGAAGCCUUCCAAAAAUGCAAGUGAGGACAAGGAUGAGCUGCUGGCCAGAGCUGAGGAGCUGAAAGUGGGUUUGUCGCGGGAUGUUGACCUCCUUGGGGAGCUACAUCGAGAGCUCUGUGAUGCCUCAGACAGUGUCACAGACAUCGCCAAGAACUUCCGGACGUUACUGCAGCGUGCUACAAAUGAGUCUGCAGGAAUAAUCAGUGGUCAGGUCUCAUCUCUCCUGGAGUCACAGGGGAAACUUCGGCAACAGAUCCUGAUGACAGAGGGUCUUCUAGUCGACAGUAAGAGAAGCCUUAAAGAGCUUGAUGAUAUUGAGAUGGAGACUCGUGGUGCUACUGCAUCUGGGAAAACAGCUGGCAGUAAAAGCCUCAGGAAGGUCAGGGCACAGGCUGCUAAGAGCAGGAGCAGGAGAAGACUGGAUGAUGACAGAGAUUCCAAUCAGUCCUCAGAUAAUGCUGAGGAUGAUGAAGUAGAUUCUUCAGAAGGGCUGGAUGACAGUGAUGAGACAGACUCAAAUGCUUCAUCUAAAGGAGAGAGCCGAAGACACAAGGUUGUAUCCAGCCUUCUUCACAGACACACCAAGAAGCAGCAUAUACGCCUUGCUUCCAAACGCCGGCCUCCUCCUAAGCCCUUAGAGUUAAAGGAACGAGUGUGUGUUGAGGUCACCCACACUAGGACCUUAGUUGAUGUUAUGUGGCAGGAUGGUACAUUACAGAAAGGAGUAGUGUCAACAGACCUUUUUCCUGACCAUCAGCUGGAUGAACUGGAAUUUUUUCCUGGAGACUUUGUCACCAAGAACAAUGAGGAUCUUGAGAAUGUCUAUGGUUUGGUCUGCAAGACAGAUCAUAAGGAGAGAACCUGUUUAGUCCAGUGGAUCAUGAGGCCUAAUCAACAGUGCAAUACACCCAAACCAAUCCACAUGGAGGAGGUGAGUGUCUACGAGCUGACACCUCACCCGGACUUCACCUUCAAUGUGGGGGACGUGAUUGUCAGAAUAGCUGACAGCAGACACGGUAUCACAGCCCUGAAGAAAGCAAAGCCUGAUCCCAAAGCAACCCAUCCAGCCCCCCAAAUGGACGACUUGGACACCCAGGUGGGCAGCAAUACAUCCCAUAUGAGCCAAGCUGGUAGCCACACUGAUGAACUGAAUACCCAAUUGAGCAACCAGUCGUCUUAUGUGAAUCAAGUUGGUACCCAUGCAGUGGAGUCAGGUACCCAUGCAGUGGAGUCAGGUACCCAAGUGGGAGACUCUGAUACCCAGAUGGGUAAUAACAUCAAUCCAGUGGGUAAUCCUGGCUCCAACACUGACCUUUGUGGUACCCAGGUAAACAGUUCAGACACACAGAUUAGUAUACCCAGUGAUCACAUGAGGACCAAUGACACCACAAUGGAUAACCAAGAUGUCCCACUCGGUAAUGCAACAAAAAGAACGGAUGUAAUUAUUAGAAUGAACAAAGAUAACCAGCUAACAGAAACAAAACAGUCCCGCACCAACAAUCAAUCAAGUCAAAGAUCUGGUCCAUCUGAUGAAGAACAGCUGUGCUCAACUCAAUCAGACCACUUGGAUGAAGGCUGUGCUAGGAGCCAAGGAACAGCCAAUCACGCUAAUGCUGCAGAUAUGGCAACCGUCAAUCGCAUGAACCUGGCCAAUCUGCAGACAAUCCAUGCUGAGAUGUCUGACGAUGCUCUAGUCCUUGAAGACAAGUCGGCAUCCAAGAUUGAGCAUUGCCAGGAGACUGAGGCGGUAUCCUGUGCUGGGCAGGUACGAUGGAUAAACACCAAUGGAGAGAUCCAUGUUGCAUGGGUUGAUGGCUCAGAGUGCAGUGUACUACCGCAGGAUCUGUACAAAUUAGAGGAAGACAGUGAUUCUGAUUGGUCAGAUACCAACCACGAAGAUGAGGACUGGAAAGAUGAGAACCAAUCAGAUGAUUCCUGGUAUUCCUCCUCGAGCAGCUGGGAGACGGCAAGUGAUGCCUCUGGUUCUGCUGAAGAGAAAAAAGCCACCAGUCGGAAAAAUCCCAGCUCAUUACCAACAAGCCCAGACAAGGAAGCCACCACUCCGACAGAGUCCAGGGGGCCUACGGACUUCCAGGAGGCAACAUUCGAGCAGACCUUCUCAGCCCUGAGCUUGGUGGAGGACAAGAUGAGACGGAUCAACUCCUGCGCCAACUCCAUCCUGGAGAAGCGGACAGAUCUGCUACAACGGGACCUCAACAGUAACUCAAGAAAAGAGGCAGGAGCUUCUGUUGCAGGCCUAAAGGAGGAGGAGUUAGCUACUACCAGCACUAGGAAUGAUGAGAGUAAAGUGACUAAUGAGAGUGCUGAUACCAGAGAUCGAGGCACUCAAAUAGAGACUCAGGUAUUACUUGAACCAGAUGUUAGUAAUCUUGAUGACGUCUCAGAAAGUAACAUAGCAGAAGCAGGCUCCCCUGACUCAUCAAUAGUCCUGGAGAAAGCAGUGGCAGCAGAGACUGCAGAGACAGCAAGCACCUCUGAGGUUGAAGAGAGUAAAGGCGAACAAAACCAUGACAACAACGAAUCUUGCCAAAUGUCAGCUACAGAGGGUGCUGCUCAGACAGUGACAGGACAAGCGUGUGAUAACUUUUUCCUGAUGGAUGAUGUUCCAGAGACCCAUCACUUCAACACAUCCAGCGUUGUCUUCUUGCCGGAGAACCCCAAGCAGUUCUCACUCACUAUGAGGAGAGAGAUGCGUUUGCUGCAGACAGCUCUUCCACAAGGCAUUAAAGUGAAGGGCUUUGCAGACAGAAUGGAUCUGUUCUCUGUGCUGUUUGAGGGGCCCAGUAGCACACCCUAUGAGGAUGGUCUGUUCUUCUUUGAUGCUCGCCUGCCUCAGGACUACCCAAAGUCUCCACCUGUCUUGCACUUCCAUGCCUACUGCAGUGGUCGACUCAACCCUAACCUGUACAAUGAUGGUAAGGUCUGCGUCAGUCUACUGGGAACUUGGACAGGCAAGGGCAGUGAGAUGUGGACCAGCAAAUCCAACCUGCUGCAGGUGCUAGUCUCCAUUCAAGGCUUGAUCUUGGUCAGUGAGCCAUACUACAAUGAGGCUGGUUAUGAGAAGCAGCGUGGGACACAGUCUGGAAAUGAGAACAGCAGACUGUACAAUGAAACGGCUGCACUAAAGAUGGUUCAAUCAAUGACUCUCAUGCUUACCAAUCCCCCUGAUGUGUUUCAUGAAGAGACGCUCAACUUUUGUCGCCAUCAUGGUUUCAGAUUGAUCAAGCGUAUCGAGCACUGGCUUACUAUGGCUGGCACGUCAUCCUCACAGAGUGAGGAACCAGCCAAGGAGGUACCAGGCAAGAUGGCAUCAGGGAUGAAGGAGCAGGGGUCAUCUGAUGCACCAGCCUUCAUCCUCCUCCCACUGUCCAAAGGCUUCAUUCUUAGCAUGAGGCAAGCCCUCAGAGCCUACCGCGCAGCACUUGGUGUAGCUGGAAUACCAGACAGCUGAGAGACGUGAACAGAAAUAUGCUACUAAUGUUUUGCUAGAGCUCUGUGUUGUUUAAAGGGAUAAUGGGUUCAAUCUCCCUACUGCUAGGAACAGGUUCCCUGAUUUUCAUUGCAGUUAUGUUUUUGCAGAAAAUUUAAUGAGUUGAUUGAAUUUUCCAAAGGUGCUACUACACUGUAUGUAAGAAUGGAGUGGUUUCAUCGUCCUAAUUCCUGAACCCUUUGCCAUCUUAUUGAGGGAUACUCAAAAGGAGAAACUGUAAUAAGUCACUAAGAGUCAUUUUAGCAUCAGGAAGAAAUUGUGUUCAUUUAUUAAAUGUAUCAUCUUCUUGUUGAUUAGUAUUUUGCAAGUUUUCUCAACUUGCAGUUUAAUGGUGCCAAGACAUUAUAAUGUGGAUUCAAAUGCUAGCAGCAUGGUUUAUCUUGUAUUCUUAAAUACCUAAGACAGUUUACCUAUUCCUAUUGGUUGAGAGCCUGUCAUGUGGCCGGUCUUAAACGGAUGAUAAAGAC